ACCAUUUUGCUAAAACUAAUUGUUUUGGGUAAAACUCUUUUGCAGAUCAAUACGUCCUUCGGACCACCGUGCAAUGUAUACUAUAAUAAUUUUUGUUCAAAAGUCUUUAGACUGUUCCUCAAACACCCUAAUGAAGCGAUGGGAAUCAUCUGCUUCCUCAUAGCAAAAUCAAACGUAACUGCUACUGUCUACCGAACAAGUGUUACGGCAUGCUUCCACCGCUCUGCUGCGCUUUCCUCCUUUGACCGACAUUUUCCUCCCAUGCUUCGGACGACCCGUUUCCGCCCAACAAUAGACGUUACCAAACCUCGGGCGGCACUCAGCCGGGGUUAGAGAAACAUUCCCAUUCUCUGCCCAGCUUUUCCCACCCCACAUGCCCUUUGUUUACACACAGUCAGUCAGUGCCAUCACGCACAACGAUUCCAAGGUUUUCCAGCUCGUCCUCUCAUUCGACGACUCUCACCAGCUGAUUCCGUGUGGCACUCACUCUCGCCUCUCAGGUUUGGAUAAACCCAUGCAGGCUCGCAAGGAUUUUCCCUUAUGUCGACUUUUCGGUCCGUCGUCGUCGUCCUCAUCGUCGUCGUUUGCCGUGUGGUACGGUGUGAUGUUUCUAUCCUGCCGCAGGACUUCAGUUUGCCACCGUUCGCGUUCGGUUCCGGUUCGGGUUUGCCUCGAAUGUGUUUCCGCGAGGAAGUUGUUCUUUUUUUGUUGUGCGGAAUUGUGCCAUACCUCUCAGUUUUUGAGAAGGGAUUUGGGCAAAUUGCGACCUGAAGGAAGUGCUGGUACGGAUUUAUUGAACGGUUCUGGAGCGAAAAUCCGCGACUCGUGUGGGUGGGAGCAAGUGUUCGGCGUGAGGUUUUUCCGCAAGGAAAACAAAUGUGAAAAUUUUCCACCCGGAGGCUGCCAGCCUGGGGGUGAUGACGAAGACCCACCACCAGCAGUGACGGAGUGUUGAUGUGGGAUUUGGUGGAUCCGGUCGAUGCGGAGACGUCGACGACGUCGGGAAGGCUUUCAAGGACCUUGAAUUUCGUGUGAGUGUGUUUUUGCUUGGCGAGUGCCCCCGUUUGAUGAAAUUUUGCGGAUAUUUUCCACGGGAUCGAAGGCCGGAGGCUGGCAGUGGUGGUGGCAUCGUCAGCAGGAUGUGCUAGGAUCUUAUAUGAGUGAUUGGCGCGAUGGGGUGUUUGUAGUGAGAGAGGAAAAUUGCUGCAGCGGAAUGACGUCUAUGAGUCGCGGUGCCAAGAAGAACAACAGCCAACAACAAUAAUAAUAAUAACACGGUGUUACAUAGUGGAAAAAUAACAUGUGGCUUACGGCAAACUGUUCAACCCGUUAGAAGUUUAGAGAAAAUAAUUAAAGUUGUAUCAGAAGGCAAUAGUUCCCGAAAGCAUAUAAAAACUCUGUACGGAUGAAGCUGCAUCAGCAUCAACAGUAGUGCAGGAAGUGUAGGUACAAGUGUGUCACAAGAACAAAAACAAGAAGAAAAAGAAGAACCAAAACAUACGACAAAGGACGACGCCGCACAAGACGAAGACGAAAGACGUCACUCAUGUCCUGAUUCUCCGGUGAUGGUGCUACCCGGUUUCUUGAUGCGGAUUAUGCUGCAAUAAAAAGAAGAAAAAAAACGAAACGAAGCAAAAUAUAUAGUGUGCUCCUGAUCCAGCGUGCGUGUGUGUAUUUUGAAGCUCUUUGAAACCGAGAAAGUGUGUACAAACGGUACGUUUGGCGUAAAAAAGAGGUGUGGAAGCGUGGCGGCGUGCAGGCGCCGGAAGUGAGUUUUUUUCUGGAGGAAGUGGGGGGAAGGGGUUAGAAGGUGAAAACGAAGCGGAGAAGGAGCGGCACAAUCAACCGGCGCUGUGUGCUAUGCUGGGAGCUGGUGUUUCCGGAUGUCCUGAAGAAGCAUAAAGGCUGAGACUCUCGGAUGGAUGAGUGGAAAUACUUAAUCGCGCUGCUGGUUGCGCUGUUAAGCCUUCGACUCCCAACGGUAGAUUCGAUCAAAGAUGGCAGCAGUAGUGGGAGCAGUAGUGGGACACCGACGGCAACAGCAGCAUCCCUGGGCAGCGCAACCGCACGGUCUACCGGGGGCCGCUCUCAGGCUCCCCAGGCGAUAGCUUCCCUCUCGUCGGCAUCGAUAGUGGCAGCCCUCGCUGCUCGGCAGAACAACGCAGCCGCUGCUGCUGCUGCUGCUGCCGCCGCCGCCGCCGCUGCCGGUGCUGGUGAUGGUGGUACUAGUGCUAGCAAUGGGAACAAUGGUGGUCCAACCUCCGUUCCCAACAACCGGUGUAAUUUGGCCCAGUUUCGAUGCGGCAACGGAACGUGCAUAACUUCGUCGAAAUACUGCGACGGAAGCUUCGAUUGCCUGGACAAAAGCGACGAGCCCAAGUUCUGCACAGCAUGCAACCGAACACUGUACGGCGAAGUUGGGCGAACGUACGAGCUCCAGCUGCAGCCCCACCAGUUGCAGCAGUUCCUCCUGAAGCAGCAGGACGAAGGCAACGUGAAAAAUGCAUAUCCUUUCCUGUGUCAUCUUAACUUCACGGCGCCCGGGGGAGCGUACGGUGAUAUCGUGCAGCUCAAUUUUGCUAAAUUUAGCAUUGGGAAAUUCGUCCCCAGCAUGAACAGCCUGGGCAGUGGCGGUCUGAUGCAAGGCUACCAACCUCAUCUGCACCAGCACCAGCAGCAGCAGCAAGAGCUGCACCAGUCGUCGUCGCACCACGAGGCAUGCCUGGAAGGGUUCAUGACCAUCCGGGAGCAGGGCCUGCCCAACCUGAACGGGAAAUGGUGCGGGACGGCUUCCGGCUAUACGAUCUACUACAGCGAAACCAAGUCGGUCAACGUAAGCAUCCAGCUGGAUCGGUUGCCUCCGAUCGGAAGUGGUGGUGGGAUGGGUGGAUCGAAUGGGGCAGCUAAUGGGGUGGAGUUUCGGCUGAUCUACAAAUUUCUGAGGCAAUCGGAUGCGAAGCUUAGGUCUGAAAAUCGAAUAUGGAAUGGAGAUCGCGUACCUGGAUCCUACUGCAACAAAAAUUUCUACGACUGUGACAAACGAAUCUGCCGAAUACGAUCGCCCAACUAUCCCGGCAUUUAUCCACGCAAUUUAACAUGUAAAUAUUAUAUUAAUCAUCGGACGCCACCGAGCGGGCUCCACGCCAUGAUCGUCAUCCGCCAGCCCGACGGCCAUAAAUUAAACAUCAAGGAGCAGGCGACGCAUCACGAGGCAAGCACCAGGAUUUUGAGGAGCUGGGAGCAGUGUUACGUGGAACAAGAUUACCUCACGAUACACGACGGAAAAUCGCUGGAGGCUCCUGAGAUAGGACGGAUUUGCGGUGGCGACGUUCUGCCCGAUAUCGUUUCCAGCGGGCCAGACAUGAUGGUUCAGUUCAGAACUUCGCCGUACGACGUGCCGUUCCAUCCGAAUCCGGUUACAUUCUUGCCAGGAUUUGAACUGGAAGUGCAUGUCCUCUACGUGAACUCCAACUCGCAGUCCUACAUACGCCAGCCCGGCCGUUGCGAGUUCUCGAUCAGCGCCUUCGAGAGUCAAACGGGCGAACUGGAAAGCCCGCAGCACACCCUUCCGCCGGAGAGUUCAUGCAUCUACCACUUUCAAGGCCGACGGCACGAAACCGUGUGGGUCUCGUUCAUCAAAUACCACUCGGCCAUUGAUCCGACCGGGUUUGAAUCGCCGGCCGAGUGCGUCACGCAACUCCGCAUCUGGGAUGGACGGUGGUCGGUGACGUCGCGACCUUACGUAUUCCUAGGCAUGCAUCCCGAAUACACCCGGAACGCCAGCCUGAUCGAGCAGAUCUGUCGCGAGGAGGUCCCAAGAUUGUGCUCGCGAUCGUUGAUCGCCAAGGGAAGUCGACCCUGCUCAACACAAGAGAGCUACUUGUCAACCGGAUCCGACCUAACGAUUGAGUACCGCCCAAGCCCGAUCGGUACCGCCAGGCUAUACGGACCGGCGUCCGCUUUCAAGUUGCGGUACGAGUUCGUGGAUAAUUCGUUGGGAGGAGCUCCACUGGAACCCUUGGUGGCACCUUCGGCCAUGCCUGAACCAGCUGCACUCGUUCAAUUCCAUCCCAAAUCUUGUGAUCGAGUAUUCAGGUCCUCAUCGGCCUCGAGAGGAAUAUUCCGAUCACCAUCUAAUGUGUUCCUCUACGGAAGAGGUGGAUCACCAAACAUCUCCUGUACGAUUCGAUUCGAGGCCGGGAUUGGCGAAAGCGUCAGGUUAUCAAUAACGCGAGCACGCUUCGGAGGUCGCUCCUGUCAGAACAUGCAGAAUCGAUCGGGACGCUGGCACUGUAAUCACCACAGCGGUCCCAUUGCAGACCUACGGAUCAGCGAAGUUCCAUGGACAGAUAUACCACCGCUUCCUCGGGACUGCCUCUGCUCGGACGUGUCCAGCUCCAUCAACCUAGCACCACUCGCUGCCAGCAUCGUUGAAGUACGUUUCACCGCAAUGCAAAUGGAGGUCGAUCAGGACUUCCGCGACUUCUACUUCGAGGGGCGCUACGAGUUCGAAAAGGACGAAUGCGAUACGGAUUGGAGCGUUCGCCGAUUACGCGGUCGCAGCGGUGAUGCCUUGCUCAAACCAACUCCUUGUCCGGCAUUGAUUCAACCGUGGCUCGUGGAACCUGAAACCGAAGGCAGCUACCUGGUUCUCAAAAUGAAAGGCUUUUGGAUGCCGCCAUUGCUCCAUUCCGCUCCGCCAUGCCCGACAGACGCUCGCAUCACGGUGUAUUCCACCAACAACCCGAAGAACUCCCGAGACCUCUGUCCAUCCGGUCCGGAUGUUGUCGCUUUCUCCGAUGGCUGGGACAACGCCUACGAGUACAGUGCUCUGGAAAUCUCGAAAAGCCUAAUUAUCGAGUUCAAGAGUUCCCGAAAGCCGCGAGAGUUCGAAGGCAACGAUUACAAAUUUUCCUGGAUGGAGAUCUACCCCGGCAACGACUGUCCAUUCAAGUGUCAAGAGCUGCAAGCCUGCAUCCCCAGAGAACUCUGGUGCGACGGAAAAAUCCAUUGCCCAUCCGGACAGGACGAAAGCUCCACCGAGUGUGACCACCGGAUGCCUCUGUCUCCUCUGCACGUCGGAGUGGCAGCCGCCACCCUAACGCUCUUCCUCUCGCUAGCAGCCGGCCUCACAGCUUGCGCCCGAAGGAAACGAGUCGAGAAGAAGCACCAGCUGCAGGCGCAUCACGUGGACACCAACGGGCGGUAUCCACACCAUCCGCCGUAUGCGCACCACUCGGCUCCCCAUCAUCACAUGGCCAGCAGUCACGCCUUGACGCCCAUCUAUCUGGACCCCACCAAGGAUAGCUUCUGUUGACAAGAGCUGGAGACUUCGGUGUAGCCCAUGCCGAAGUCCCAGGAUUUCUACUACUUUGCGUUCAAUCGUUAGGAUGCGAGGCGGCCACAUCCAAAGUAAAGCAACUGAAUUCUGGUGAUAUGUAGAGCGGAAGAGAGAGCGAGUGUGAGAAAAUCAUCAGCCAGAUGGGGACGAGACUAUGCAAGAAAUCCAAUAAUUAGGGGAAAACAAAUCAUUCGUAGGUGGAGCAAGGGGAAAAAUCCACGUUCUCUAGAGUAAAUGACCUAAAUAUUUAAUGAACAAUAACCCGUAAGGUGUGUGGAGAAGGGAAAAAUAGCGUGGCAGUAGCGGAAGAACGAAUGAAGAAAUGCAAGUGAUUGAACCAAUUAAAACGAGCGACUGAACCGCGAAUGAAGUGGAAAUGAUGAAUACGAUUUGUGGCGGAUUGUGACACCUAGCGUUCGAGGAGGCGCGGUGUGGAAAGAUGAAGAUUUAUGGACAUAAUUUAUUUAAUCAUCUAUCAAUCAAUAACUGUUGAGGGGGUUAGAAGCAAAGGGGUGUAAGUGACAAAAAAAAAACAUUCGAGUAAAUGAGGUUUAAAGUUUUUCACCAAUUUUUAAACCCAUAUGGAGUUCCAAAAUCGACCUAAUUUUCUACGAUUUAUUAUAAUUUUUCAAAUCAUCGUAAAAAUAAUCUUAAAAAAGUUCCUGAAAGCUUGAAAUCUAAAAAAAACUGAUAUACUCAGCUCAAAAUCGAGAAAAUGGUCACUUAUACCCCUUUGAUUCUUGUCCCUUCAGUUCUUUUUAAUAGCUUCUACGAGUCAUAUUUGAGCGGUCCAAUAGUUUUGGAUUCGUGGGGAUAAAGUUACAUGCAAGUUUUCAAAAUUCAAUUUUUUCAACCGUAUUUGAGUUAUAGGGUGGGGCGGGGCAAGAUGGGUCACCUAAGAAUGGAUCACCAUAACUUUGUAAAUACAAAUCGUAUUGGUUUGUAUUCGUCCGCUACUCUUCAAUACACUAGUUAGCUAUUGUACAAGUCGAUAAAAAGUUUAUCAAAUACAACAUGUGAUGUUAAACAAGCAGUUUUGAAAAGUGAUCGAUUGCGUGCCGUGAAAAAAGUGCGGGGCAAGAUGGGUCACCUUUUAAGUAAUUCACAUUUUCUCAACGAAAAUCGUCAAAAUAUAAGAUUUGUCCCGCAUUCAUAUAUGCUCCAUAUACAUACUGAGUAAACAAGAGCUAUUAGUAAACAUUUUAUAAAUUUAUUUGGAACUAGCUGUCCCGGCAAACGCUGUCUUGCCAAGCUGUGGUGGUUUGACAACUGUUGAAAUCAUUGGUGCACCGCACUCUAGAUUGGUUUGAUUUCGAUCGUGUUGAAUUUCUUCCCCGUUCAUGAUAAAUCAGUACUUUAUCAUAUUUCUUACUUUUUUAGAUAUUUUUUGGUACUUUUCCUACUUAUAAACACAGCCACCACGAAUACGAACCGAACCGUGCCAGAGUCAUGCUGAUCGGUUCAGCCGUUCUUGAGUUUUGUUGCCUCAAAGGAAAUUCAAACUCAUUUUUAUAUAUAUAGAUAUAAAAAACUUUACGAUUUGAGUGGUCCGCAGGCGUCUUAAAAAUCGAUGUUUUCACUAAAAAAUUAUCAUAAUUUUAUGUUAUAAUUUUGAGCGUUCAUUCCGCUUGAUUGAAGUGAGUUAUGAGAUAGUCUUGUAAUAAAAAAUAAAUAUCUUUUGAAUGCUCCAAAAAUACGUUCGAAAUUGAAGGUGACCCAUCUUGCCCCGCGGCCGUUUAUAUGGAGAUUAUAUGGAAUGUAUCGCAUAAGAAAAAUGGCUAAAAACCAUUUUAUUUUUUACUUCCAAUGAGAGUGAAUCAUUUUUCAAUCAAUGCCCCAAAAUUUUGUAUAUUCAUGCUGGUCAUCUAACAAAAUUAUUAACAUAAUCAAAACAUGAGUAAGGCGCCCGAAAAUGGCACUGACCCAUCUUGCCCCGCCCCACCCUACUUUCAUUUGCGGAAGGUUUCAAAUUAUUUUCCGUCGUUGAAAUUUUUUUCAUGCAUUUAAUAACGGAUAAAAAUGAGAAUUGCCUAAAAUUUAGUAGAAAAAACAGCCUAAAGUCAAGCAAGAAGUGUCCAAUAAAAAAAUUUGAAAUGUUUCAUAAACAACUUUUUGGAAACUUCCUCGGAAAAUCUUUUAUGGGCAAUUUGUUUGGGAAUUUCUUAGAUUUUUUAUUUAAAAAUUCUUUCGGUAGUUUACUUUGGAGAGGAUUUUUUUUGAAAAAAGAUUUAGGAACAAUUUUUUAAAAUUCUUUCGGCAAUUUUAGUUUUGAAGAUCCGCGUUUUCUCUAGUAACUCAUUCGACAAAUCUUUUGCAAAUUCUUCCGAAGUUCCUUUGGGGCUUUCUGAAUUUCCAAUGGAAUCCCAUGAAUGAUUUCAAAAUAAUUUUCAUAAAAGUAACCUAAGCAGAUUUAUUUUUAGAAGUUUCUUCUAAUUUUAUUGGAAGAGAAUUUCCUUUUAAAAUCGAUUUAACAAUUUAUUUAUGAAAUGCUCAUUUCCUGCAGAAAUUCUUUCAACAAAUUCUUUACAAAUUGAAGAGAAAUUCUCUCAGAGAUUUCAAAGCAAUUAUUUCCGAGAAAGUAACCUAAGCAGAUUAAUUUUUAGAUUUUUUUUUCCUAAAUUUGUUUGGGAAAAUACAAUUAUUUUUUGAAAAUUGAUUCAGAAGUUCAUUUUUGAAAUUCUUCUGGCAAUUUUUAUUUUGGAAAUUUGCAUUUCCUAUGGAAAUUCCUUCAGUAGUUUUUUGGCCAUACCAAAAAAAAAUCCCUGUGCGAUUUCAAAGCAAUUACCGAGAAAGUAAGCUGAGGAGAUUUAUUUUAAGGAAUUGCUUCGGCAAUUUAUUUGAGAGCGGAUUUUUUUGGGGAAUUAGUUAAAUAAUCCAUUUCUGUAAUACUUCCGGCAAUUUUAUUUUCGGAAAUUCGCAUUUCCUAAUGUAAUUCAUUCGAGAAAUCCUUUGCCAAUUGCUUCAGCAGUUCCUUUAAGGAUACCUGAAUUUCUAAAUAAAUUACCAGGGAAGUUUCUAAGAAAUUGGCAAUAAAAUAAACCUAAGUACUUGAUGAAAACAUUAAGAAAGGAAUUGUCGAAAGAGUAUCUAAAGAAAUAGGCAAAUAAAUUCUCAUAGAAUUUUUGGAACUUAUUUGGAAAGAAUUAUUCAAUCAAUUCGCAAAGCAAUUGACGAAGGAAUCCCAAAGUUAUUGGCGAUGGAAUAACCAAGUUGAUGCCGCAAUUACUGUCGAGAAAAUUGCCAAUUUCCAACAAUUUUUAAAAUAAUCCCAGAUGUAUGUUUUCAAAAGAGGUUUUCAAAAAAAAAAAAAACGAAAUACUAUGAAUGUUUCCUAGGGCCCAUAUAGCCGAGGCGGUAAACGCACGGGUAUUCAGCAUGACCAUGCUGAGGGUGACGGGUUCGAUUCCCGGUCGGUCCAGGAUCUUUUCGUGAAGGAAAUUUCCUUGACUUCCUUGGGCAUAGAGUAUAUUCGUGCCUGCCACACGAUAUACGCAUGCAAAAUGGUCAUUGGCAGAGGAAGCUCUCAGUUAAAAACUGUGGAAGUGCUCAUAGAACACUAAGCUGAGAAGCAGGCUUUGUCCCAGUGAGGACGUUACGCCAAGAAGAGAGAGAGAGAGGAGAGGAGUUUCCUAAUAAAUAUCCAAAAGGAAUUGUCGAGCAAAUUCCAAUACAACUGAUGAAUUCGCAGAAGACCUGCGACAUGAGAUUUAGUAUGCAUUUCCGAAGCAAUAUCAGAGUUGAACUCUGUCAUCAUCAUAUAUAUAAAAUCCCAGCGUUGUUUGUCUGUCUGUCCGUAACGCUUUGAAAUGUUUCGUUGAAAUGUUUCACCAUAGUUGUAUCAAAUUUCUAAAAGGUACGAGAACUUUCUGGAUGUUUUUUGACAUUCUGGAAAUAAUAAGAAGAACCUUCUGGAAUGUUCUGGAACAUCAAUAUUCUAAAAAUUCUAAAAACUUUCUGGAAGUUUCAGAAAAUAAAUAACGUUCUGGAAUGCUCUAAAAUAUGGAACUGCUUAAAUUUUCGAGAAUCUCCUUGAAGUUUCUGGGCGCUUCAGAAAGAAGAAGAACCUUCUGCAGCAUUGUGGAACACCUUUUUUUUUGGCGUAACGUCCCAACUGGGACAAACCCUGCUUCUCAGCUUAGUGUCUAUGAGCUCAGUUAUAAACUGAGAACUUCGGCUUCUAAUAACCACUUCUAAGUUGUUAAACGUUUUAGAAAAGAGCCUUCUAUAAUGUUCUAGAGCAUGAAACUUUAUUAUAUUGGGAAAAGGUUAUGGACGUUAGGGAACGAGCAAGGAACCAAAAAAGGACCUUCUAGAAUGUUCUGGAACAUAAAAAUCCAUAAAAUUUCCAAAAACCUCCUGAAAGAUACUGAACGUUACAAAAGUAAAACAAUCAUCUGAGAUAUUCUUAAUAUCACACUUUCUCAAAUAUCGAAAACUUUCUGUGCGUUACUGAACGUUUCAAUCAGAGAAAGGAGAAGAGCCAUCUGGAUUAUUAUGUACACUUUUCAUUCUUAAUUUCAAGAACUUUCUGGAAGUUAAUGAAAGUCCAAGAAAGAAGUAAUGGCCCUUCUGAAAUGUUCUGGAACUCCAAAAUUCAUGAAAUUUCGAGACCUUUCUAGAGAUUACUGAAUGUUUCAGAAAGAAGAAUAAUAAUCUACGAAAAUGUUCUAGAUAAUCAAAAUUCUUAGAACUUUCGAGAAGUUACUGGACAAAAAUAAGACAAAGACCUUCUGCAAACUUUUUUAAAUUUACGAAAAGUGUCUGAGAGUUUGUGAACGUUCCAGAAAGAAUGAAAAAUACCCUUUAAGAAGGUUCUGGAACAACCAAAUUCAUAAAAUGUUUGAGAAAUUUGUGGAAGCUUCUGAGCAUUCCAAAUGAAAACAGAAAGAAUCUCUAGAACAUUCUGGAACAUUAAACUUCCCUGGUAUUUUCCAGAAGUUACUGAAUGUUUCAGAAAGAAUAAGAAAACUAUUCUUCUGGAAUUUUCUGGAACAAUUUUUUUAAUGCCGAUUAUGUUCGGGGAGUUUGUCAACGUUCAAGAAAAAAAAAUGUCAAAUGGACCUUCUGAAAAGUUCUGGAAAAUCAGAACUAAUUAAAUUUUGAGAACUUUCUGGAGAUUACAAAACGUUCAAGAGAAAAGCAUUCUGGUGAGAGAUUCUGGAAUGUUCCAGAAAACAGUUUCAUUGAAGACGUUUAACUGGAAUUUUUAAAACAUUUUUUUCUAGCUAACGUGGGGUCAGCUAGUUAUCAGUAGUAGGCAAAUCAAAAAAAUUUGAUAGGUUGACACUGCGAUAUAAAUCAGCAUGUUGAGUCACCGUCAACAUCCUUUAUCAAACUCACAAUGAUGGCAUUUAGAUAUCAAAUUCGUUGAGAACUGUCAAUUUUCUUCUGAAAAAUUUUGGGGCCAAUUCCUUUGCCAACUUCUAAGAAAAUUUCUUCAAAAUUUCUCCAACAAUUACCUAAGGAAACAUUUUUGUUUUUUUUUUCCGAAAUUCUUUUUUGGAAUUCAUUUACGCAUUUUUAUAUAAUCCCCUUAUCAAUGCAUUCGGGUAUUCUUUCAGCAAUGUUUUCCUGAUAUCUUUCGACACUUUCAGAAAAUCCCUUCAGAAUGUGUCAGAUAUUCUUUGAAUAUUUAUUAGGAUUUGCUUUGGAUUUUUUUCGACAAUUUCUCUUUAAACAUCUUGGACACUCCUUUAAGAAAUUUAUUCAGCAAAUUCUUUGACAAUUUCGUUGAAAACCUAAUCAGAUAUUUCCUUAUGAAUUUAUUUGGCUAUUAUUUUGAGAAAUUCUCUGGUUUUUUCUUUCGAGAAUUUCUUAGAAGAUGUCUUCAAACAUUUCGUCGCCAUUAAUCUUGGCACUUUUUUAGAAUUUUUGUAGUUCUUUUUGGAAUGUAUUAGGUAUUAUUUCUUGGGAAUAGCCUACGCAAUGCCUUCAAGUGUUUUCCUGAUUGCUUUCGACAAUUUUUUGAUGAUUUACUUUGAUUAUUAUUUUGAGAAAUUCUCUGGCAAAUUCCUUUGGGAACUUUUUGUAAUAUUAUUUAAGAGUGUUUUCUGACAAGUUCCCAUACCAACGCCUAGCUUUGAGGAUUCUUUCAGUAAAGCUUUCUUGAUUUCCUUCGACAAUUUCUUUUGAAAUUACUCUGGUAAUUUCUUCAGAAACUCUUGUUUGGGUGUUUUUUUAUAAUUUUCAAUGUCCUUUUAGAGAUUCUA